UAGUCAGCAAGAGGGUGCAGGAAAUGAGGACACGAUUAUCUAUUGCUAGAGCGCGAAGAAGGCGACCAGUUAUCCAUUGGCUCUAGCUGCAGAUGUGUUGCUGCAGCAGAUCUUGUGUACCCGAUGUGCUCAUUCAAUGAUAUGCAGUGGAAUAGACUAGUUCAGACGCAUGAAGUAUCUCGACAAGAUGUGUCACAUUUUAUGCAUCAGAUCGGAGUCAAAAUUUCGACUCUACUUACCUGGUAUUGUAACUAUUUAAUAACACUACGAGCCCGGUAUUGUUUUGAAUAAACGCGAAGAAUUUAUGAUCUGGGGCACCUCUGUUCUUGUAUCCAAGAUGGCGGUUGUCGGCGAUUUCAAGAAAGCACUCAACCCACAAUGGAGACAUUCUAACCGCGUAUAUGCUAUUCUCGAGUACAAUUACAUCGCCUUCCCAAUUACUCUUGCUCUCGUGUUUUAUUCUUACAGAGAAUUCGUCAAUGCCAUCGGCUACUGGGUCAAGGUGUCCGACGAUGGCUGGAACAGUUCAGCAAUCAAGCAUUUGGUCCUAUAUGGAGCCAUCCUUCUCUUACAGAUGCCGCCAUUUGGAAACACUCUCGGCCUGUGCCUACCCAUCAGACCAAACAAGUAUGCCAACCGCCCUAAGAUACGACGUCUAGGCACACUGCAUGUCUGUCUUGUGACAAAGGGGACGAAUGUGCAAACAGUAUUGAACUCGACUCGCUGCUGGGAUGUUCUGACCCAGCGAAGCCACCCAUCAGUUCGGUUCCAUGUCGUCCUUGACAGUGCCGAUAAUGAACACUUUCGAAGAGAGCUGCCAUCAUACAUUACAAUCGAUGAAGUGCCAGGGGCGUUCUCUGCAAAGAGGGCUAAGUUCAAGGCCAGGGCGUUAGAGUUCUUUCGCCAGAAAUACAACUUCUCCAAAGAAGAUUGGAUAUUACAUCUAGAUGAGGAAUCGGAGAUAGAUGAACGUGUUAUGCGCACGUCACUGGACUUCAUUGAGAAGGGCACGGCAGACUAUGGCAUGGGCACAAUCUAUUAUACCUCAACCGGCCAUUGGGACAAGGCAUUUACAUCUGCAGCAGAGGUAAUGCGAGUGAGUGAGGACUAUGGCCGGUUUCAACUGCCCGUGCGGGUAUUUCGCCGCCCCUUCUUAGGCUGGGUCCAUGGGUCAUGGAUCUUGAUCAAUGGAGCAGUUGAGAAUAAAGUUACCUGGGAUACGGAAAAUGUGUGUGAAGACUACUGGUUUGCGUAUCAUGCCGCAGCGCAAGGCUUCAAAUUUGACUGGCUUCAUGCCAUAGUGCGUGAACAGCCACCGUGUACAUUCACAGACCUCUGGAAGCAAAGAAGACGCUGGUAUACCGGAAUAGGAUCCUUUGAUAGGAUCCUUGUGCGCGCUGCUCUGCUUGCAGGGGCUUUGGGCGGGAUAGGAAGUCUGAUCUUCCCUUUCAUUGGCGUUUUUGGACAGAGGAUCGCUGUCCCCGCCUGGUACCGAGAAUUUAUGAUGUUCAACGAUGCAGCAGGCAUUCACGCGAUUGUGUCGGCUUGCCUGCUGCAAGAUUUCAGCGUGAUAGGGUUGCCGUGGACAUCCAUGCUCUAUCAUGUUGUCGCGACAUUGCUUUUGUGGCCAGUAGUGCAUAUCGUGCAUAUUAUGGCUCUUUUUUCGACAAUGAUGUCCCCCGCAAAGGGAUUUACCGUGAUCAAUAAAACUUAGCCGGCAUAUGGGGUGAAGGUGCCGGAAGCAUUGAAUCGAGAGCUAUGUGUUCGACACUGGGUCUUCCGGUAAAGAUGCGGACCUGUAUGGAAAUGUAUACCUUCUGCGCGGCUGUGGAACCGGAGGGAAGUAAGGAGACACAUAGCUGGUGGGUUUGUUGGGAUGAUCAUGUUAUAAAUUGUACGCUGCGAAGAUGAUGUCCCUUUGAUGUGUGGGUCUGGUAUCGACUCCUGAAUGAUGAGUGACUUAUAUAGACUUCAGUAGGGAGGCAUAUACUGCAUAUUUUAUAAAUUUAG